AUGAACUUUCAUUCCGGACUUAAAAUCUUACAUCCAUCGUUACAAUCGUCAAAACAUGGAGACGACCAAUACAAGCGUUCAUCUGGGACAAAGAUCUCGAAUAGAACAAGGGCGUGCGAUUUUUGUCGCUCCAGAAAGACGAGAUGCGAUGGUCCCAGAAAGGUCGACAAUAUCUGUACUAAUUGUCUGCAAAACAAGAAAGCGUGUACUUAUGUCGAAGCAUCUACCCCAAGAGGGCCACCGAAAUUAUAUAUAACAGGGUUAGAGGAUAAAUUAGAGAAGAUGGAGAUUCUGUUGCAGAGGUUGCGUCCUGGUCAAGACUUCUCUGCUGAGUUAGGACCGCCAGUAUUAAGGGAUUCUUGGAAAGACCCUAAGCCUUCUUCUGAAAUUUCCCAUUCGAAAUCCCGUUUACGUGUGUCCUCGCCUCCAAAACUCGCACCUCAUCUUGACUCGAACAUAUCCAUCCCGCUGUCUUCUCAUUUGAAAAUCCAUACCAAUCCUUCCACCAGCUCAAAAAUGCUUCCAUAUCGUCGGACGCGACAAGGAUCCGCCACCAACAGCGCAGACUCUUCGUCAAGUCAAUACGACUCUUCGGAUGCGGAUGAACUGGUGGACAACUUUGAAAAGGGCAUGCAGCGCCUUACCCUACACUCAGGCCACUCCCAACUACAAAGCGCCGGACCUUAUGACCGAUUUCAUGGUCAGAGUAGCUACAUCAAGCUGGUGGAUGCUACUAGGAAGUUGAAACAGGCCCAUAUCAUGGCUCAGAAAGAAGAGUUCAGUCAUAGCAGUGGCUCAAAUACGUCAACCACAUCCCCUAGUCCGGAAAUAUCAAACGCUUUACGAAGGCUAGAAUUUUGGCGUGCGCCUAAGGCAAGCGGUUGGACAAGUUGGGAACUAGUUUACGAAGGACUUCACGUAGAUUCACCAAAACUUCUCGAUUCUGUUCUUGAACAAUUUCCUGAACCAGACCUAGCUGAGGAGCUUAUCGAACACUACUUUCUACACGUGAAUCCUCUGCUAAGCCUCCUCAAUCAGCAGAUUUUUCUUCGACAAUGGAGAGAGCGCUUACACAAUAAAGACAUCUGGUUCAGUGCCUUGUCGAUGUGCAUCUUUGCUCUGGGAAGUCGGUGGAGUAACGAUCCCCGAGUAAUUCCUCGUGACCAUACCAAAAGUAGGUUGGAUUGGACAAAGGCAGGAUGGGAUUAUUUCAAUGUCGUUAUCUCCAUUCAUCGUGCUCGCCGAAGCCUCCUUUGUACCGCCACGCUUUUUGAAGUCCAGACUUUUUCGCUUGUGGCCUGGUAUCUACGAGGCACUCCAGACUAUGCUGUUGGUGGGACAAUGGUAACCGUCGGUAUUCGCAAAGCUCAGGAUGUAGGCGCACACCGAAAGGCAGUAUAUGAGCGAUUUCCGACUGCUGAUGAAGAACUAUGGAAGCGCGCUUUCUGGCUUUUAGUGAUUCUAGAUCGCACCGGAAGCGCAAGUCUAGGCAGACCCUGUAGUCUUGGCGAAGAAGACUAUGAUCUAGAUUUACCCCUAGAAGUUGAUGACGAAUUCUGGUCGACAGAGGACCCCACUUUAGCAUUUCAGCAGCCCAAUGGGCUGCCUUCACGAGUUACCGCAUUCAAUGCAUGGAUAGGAAUUACACAAAUAGUAGGAUUUGCCCUCAGGACACUGUAUGCACUCGAUCCCAAGAAAAUUUUUCUAGGACGCAGAACGUUGCCAGAGCCUGAAAUUCUCGUAAAACAGCUCAACAUAGCAUUGGAUGAAUGGUUCAAUUCCCUCCCAGAAUUUCUUCAAUGGCCAGUCACAACCGACGAUCUGAUAUUCUCGAAUCAAUCUGCCAGCCUCCACCUGUCCUAUCACUUUGCUUACAUUCUAAUCUAUCGGACAUUCAUACCUUUCUCACAAAUAUUACCACCGGGUAUCCGCGGCGUUCGGAUACCUCGCUCUUCUCAAAAACCGUCAGCGCUCUCGACGCCCGCCUUGCCAAUAUGCGUCAAUGCGGCUAAAUCAUGUGCUCGAAUUAUUCAGGAACAGAUGCUGCGAGGGUUCUCUAAUGUUGCGUUCUUGAUCACAAUGUGCAACGUUUGCACUGCGGUGCUCAUCGUUCACCUUUGGGACUUAAAGGCAAAGGAAAUUUCGGAACGUUCCAUUCGUAUAUCUACCACUGAGGACGUGAAACCACGGUAUGCGCUAGCUAUACAGAGUGCCAAGGACGAUAUUGAAAUCUUCUUGAACGCUCUUGAAUGGGCCAAACCUCACUAUUCCAGUGUUGCUCAAAUAUUGUAA